GUUCCAGGUGAGAAGUAAACAAUGGUCAUGCAACAGUAUGCUCUUUACACAGAAGUAAGAAAUUCCAGUCUUGAUACAAGCGAGGCACUGGGAGGUUUGUGAUGUAGGUUACAUAGGCAGUUGCCCAGAGUGCCAGUGUGUGGGGGCGCAUGGCAGAGAAAUAAAUAAAUAAAUAAAUCACUUGGCUCUCUUCUCACACUCCUUCUGCGAGUCAUAACUUAGAUCUGAACACACAGACAUGACACACACUCCUGGAAUCAGUUGGACUUGCACUUUAUAUCUCUAAUGGUCUGUCACUUAUAAACACUUCUUAGAAAUCAUAGAAAACAGCUGCGUCUUAUAACUUCAACGUAUUCAUCAUGUUUAGAUAUUUUCUUCAGUAUCAGAAGUGAUCCAGUAAUUGUUGUCUGUUCACAGACUCAGGAACUGCUAAUAAUUAAUGCAGUAUCGCUUUCCAAGAUGCUAAUUUUCGAAACUGUAAACAAAUAUAGGCAAAAAUAAGCACACAACAUGUUGCCAGCAAUUAACACACAGGCUCCAUGGCAACAUAUUUCCUGCUUGCACCCCCAAAGCAUGAUGACAACUGUAUUUCUAAAACUCAGAACCUGUUUGUCCCAAUAAAAGAAAUAAAAAUAUAAAUGAUAGCAUUGACAGAAUCCCUGAUUUUUAUCGUUUCUUUUUUGCUUUUAAAACAUGCAUGCAUUAUUCAGUGUUCCACCAAUAUUAUUAUAUCCCUGUUCAUAUACAGAUAAUUAAAAAAAAAAAAAAAAUUAAAUUCAUAUGUUGCGUAUUACAACUCGCAUAACAAAACCUGGCAUUAUUUUACUGAAUUCAGUCCUAAAAUGUUUUAUUCAUAGAAAAGUUGGCUUCAGGACACAAAACCUUCAGAUGCAAAUCGUAACACAAAGAGACACUGUGCACUCAUGAGGAAACACAUGCAUUGUAUUUGUUUGCAACCCAGCUGUAAAAAUAAAAGAUAAAACUGAGUCAUGCACUAAUAUCUGUGCAACAAUGUCAAAACUAAGUGGAUUGUGCAAAACGUGUUAAAAGGCUGUUAAUGGUUUAGAUGUGCCCGGAUGAACCGGUGAAUGGAGAGAUGAGCUGUCAGCGGUGGAAGGUCAGCCAUUGCCUUUGAGUGGUUGGUCACUAUGUGCUCUAAGCCUUUCUAAAUUUAGCCUUUUGCUCUCUCUGAGUGUACUUCAGGUCAGAGAAGGCUCGCAGGGCCAAACAAACUCAAACUUGUGGGAUGAGUUGUUGUUUUUUUUUUAACAUUAAAUGUUGAGAGAAACCAGGAAUGGUCUUCAGUGUUAUUACUGAAAAACAAAACAAAACAAAACAAAACAAAAAAACGCUGUAGGGGUUUAAAUGCUUAUGACACAACAGAUUAAAAGACAAAAAAAAAUACACAUGAAACUGCUUUAUUUUAUUCUAGCUUCAUUUAAAAAUGUACAAUAAUGUAUAAAGCCUGGCACAGUAAUUAGAGCAGACGAAUAAACAUCUUUACACACUAUCGGGUCAUUGAAGAAGGGGGUUAGACGCCAGCAGUACGACAGGAGAAUCUCUGGAAUGACAAAUUGGGAGAAAGUAGACAUCAUGAAACGAGGGAGUCGUGCUGCACGGGUUCGCAGCUCUGGCAAGUCAGUUGAGGCUGGGAUCAAGUUCAUCAACAGAUGUCAUAAGCAAGUGGGAAACUUUUCACCCCUUGUGAUCCUGUUUAUCAUAAGAAAAUUAAGACCUGUUACUUGUAGUCGACAGCUAAGGUUCAUUUAUCAUUUGUGGAAAGCAAGCCGCACUUGGUAGUAGGGUUGUGUUAAAAUAAUUGCUUCAUCCGAUUAAAUCGAUCUUCACUGGAAGGACCUGAUAUUGAUUCGUAAAAUCUGAGAUCGAUCUUUUAAUAUACGCUUUUAGUUAAGAAGGACCGCAGUAUUGAGAAGCUCCAACGUUACCAGCUCUUUUAUCUGUAACUGUUAGUUACAUUUGGGUGUAAUUUAUUAUCGUGCUGCAGCGUGUGCUGCUGUCUGUGCGUACUGGCUGCUGCGCCACUCUUACGCACACACACACAGACACACAAACAUGGAGUAAAGAUGCAGUGGAGACAGAGAGAACUUGAGCUGCCGACAACUACACUUGUUACUCUAGAUCGUUAUGAUGGAUCAGGCCCCGCUGUGUCACCCAACGCCCUCCCCUACGGCGCAGAUGGCUAUGAUGUAGUUGACAGCACCCCAGACCCCCAGCGAACGAAGCAGGCCAUAGCCCAGCUACAACAGAAGAUCCUCAAACUCACAGAACAAAUAAAAAUUGAACAAACCGCACGUGACGACAACGUGGCAGAAUACCUGAAACUCGCCAAUAACGCAGACAAACAGCAGAGUGCACGCAUCAAACAGGUGUUUGAGAAGAAGAACCAAAAGUCGGCUCAGACUAUCCAGCAACUGCAGAGGAAGCUGGAGCAUUAUCACCGGAAGCUUCGAGAGGUGGAGCACAACGGCAUUCCCCGCCAGCCCAAAGAUGUUUUCCGAGACAUGCACCAGGGGCUGAAAGAUGUUGGAGCCAAGGUGACAGGGGGCCUCUCCAGUUUCUCUCAAGCCACUCAUUCUGCUGCUGGAGCUGUGGUGUCUAAGCCGAGAGAGAUCGCCUCCCUCAUCCGCAACAAGUUCGGCAGUGCUGAUAACAUUGCAGCCCUGAAAGACUCCUUGGAUGAAACCCAGGGAGAUGAAGGUGUCGGUCCUGGGGCGACGAGGGCCCUCGGGACGGGACAAUUGCAGUCCAGCCCAAAGUAUGGCAGCGAUGAUGACUGUUCUAGUGCUACUUCCGGCUCUGCAGGAGCCAACAGCACGACUGGAGCCCCUGGAGGCCCCCCUAGCUCCAAGGGCAACACCCUUGAUCAUGUCCAGGCCUCAGGCUUUGACGCAAUACUCCAUGAGAUCCAAGAGCUCCGGGAAAACCAAGGUCGACUGGAGGAGUCCUUUGAGAACUUAAAGGCCCACUAUCAGCGGGAUUACACGUUGAUCAUGGAAGCCCUGCAAGAGGAACGAUACAGGUGUGAACGUUUAGAAGAACAGCUCAAUGACUUGACAGAACUGCACCAGAAUGAAAUUCUGAACUUGAAACAGGAACUAGCCAGCAUGGAGGAGAAGAUAGCUUACCAGUCUUACGAAAGAGCGAGGGACAUUCAAGAGGCGCUGGAGGCAUGUCAGACACGUAUCUCCAAGAUGGAGCUGCAGCAGCAGCAACAGCAGGUGGUGCAGCUUGAGGGUUUGGAGAAUGCUACAGCACGGACUCUACUUGGAAAACUAAUCAAUGUACUGCUAGCUGUUAUGGCAGUCCUUUUGGUGUUUGUGUCCACAGUGGCUAACUGUGUUGUCCCCUUAAUGAAAACACGCAGCCGCACGAUUUCUACGCUGCUCCUCGUAAUCCUCCUCGCUAUCCUCUGGAGGCACUGGGAUGCCAUGUCGGAGUAUCUGCAUCGCUUUCUCCUGCACCCGAGAUGACCGGCUUGGGGAGUCUUAUUUAAAUGAUGAAGGGACAGAGGGUUUGGGGCUGAUGUGUAAAGGGAGGACACUGACCCAUACAGGGAGUUGAAUCUCAAUAGUCCUUUUUCUUCCCCUUCAGCAGCUUCUCAAAACACUCAGGAGGGUUGCAUCAGAGGUUUGUCACUUUAUCACUUUCAGAAAUGUGUUUUGAGAUGCAUCAAAUGGAGAAUAAGUGGAGGAAAGGCCUGACCUGCUAUCAUUGGUGCAAUUGUGGCACAAGCACAUCGCGUAAGGGUGAACGGGGCAUGUUUGAAGGAGGGGCUGAGAGAACUGCACACUUGAUUUCUCUCUUCUGAGUGAAUUUGUUUACAUGUGGAGAACUUUGCAUUAUUUCCCCACAGAAGAAACUGUAAUUCAGAGUUUUGUUACUUUUGAGCUGAUUCAAGUGAUAUUGUUUUGACGUCACUGCUAUUUUUAAUACAGCUGAUUGAUGGCUUUUUAUUUAAUUUUAACUGUAAUGAGCUGACAGUGUUCUGCUGAUUUAGCUGCUCACGGCCUCUUUUUGUAAGCUCUCUCUCUUCCGCUCUCGCCACUCUGGUUUUUUCAGUCCGCUGUUUUUCAGUCUUUUCAACUUUCAGCUUGUGUGACCAACUCUUCCUCUUCCUCCUCACUACACUCUGAAGAACGGGGUACUUGCACAUCAGCUACAUUGCUCUGGAAUCAGACUUGUCACUGGAUCAAAUGGUAGUGGGUUUUUGACUUGUUUCUUAUGGAUGUGUGAAGUCGGUAACACUGGUUCUGCCACAACCAGGAUAUUACUAGGAACAUUGAAGUUUGGAGUUGCGACCCCUCCCUCUGGGCCAACUGGAUCCUACUAUCCUGGUGGCUUUUCCACUGCAGAAGAAUAAUCUAUGAACUGAAUUAACAUACUUGAAGAGCGGUUAAAGUGCUCACAGACUCAGUGCUUCCGUACUGUUUCUAUUAGUGACAAUGAAAUAGUAAUACUUUUUAGUUGAUUUUUUUAUUUUUUAAAGACAAAUAAAUUUGCUGUUUUAAGGUGAAA